GCGCAGUAACCUUACUAUAUACUUUACUCCGUGUAUCUUACACAUCCUAGGUACUUACUCACUUGGUAUUUACGAGAUACAUUCUUUUUCUUUUCUUUUUUUUUCUGGCUUCAAUCAUUCAACAAUCCAUUCAUAGGUAACCGGCAAGAUGGUUCGAGAAGGGGAAGACAGUAAGAGCGUCAUAAUCGAGGCAAGAGAUGAUGCUCAAUUGGUGAGUAAUUGGUUUUGAUAUCAAAUUAUCAAUCAUGUAUGAAGACAGACUAUCAGCUGAUCUCCUCUUCUCCCAUUAUAGGAAACACUUGGCUACAAACCCGUGAGUUGAAAAUUUAUUCGAGAAUCGAGAUCAUGAAGGUAUUUACAUCCACUCACAAAAUGAUAUAGGUUUUACAUCGAACAUACACUCUCAUUGAGAAUUUUUCGACAUCAUUCGCUGCAUUGUACUUUGUUGGUGGUGUGAGAGUUACUUACACUACCGGAAUUGCCUCCGGGGGUCCCUUAGCUUAUUGGUAAGUUGCGCCUCCCCGAAUCUAGAACUUUUUAUACAAUUUCUAACAUUUUUUAAAUCCAGGACGAGUUAUCUUGUAACAUGCUUUUUUACCUUCAUUACGGCGGCAGUCAUAGCAGAAGUAUGUUCUGCAUCACCCUCAGCUGGUUCCAUCUAUAUUUGGGCAGCUGAAGCUGGAGGAGCGAAGUAUGGACGAUUUUUAGGAUUUGUAGUUGCUUGGUGGAGUACUACUGCUUGGAUGACAUUUUGUGCAAGUAAGUUCAUCUCAAAAAUUAUUUCCCUCAAGUUAUUUAUUCUGAUUACUUGCAGGCAACACCCAAGGAGCCGUAAAUUACAUGCUUUCGGUAAGUUUAAUAUACACGUGAUACUCUCACGACUCUAGGAGUUGCGAUUGCGAAGUACUGGAAGUUAUCUGAUUUUUAACAGGAAAUCGUUGUUUUCAAUAUAGAUUUCCCGACGGAUACUAGUGAUAUCAAGUUCCGAGCAGUCCAAUGGAUUUGUACUGAAGUCCUUCUUGCACUCGCCGCAAUUGUGAAUUUUCUCCCACGUGGGUUGACAUAUCUCAUGCAAACCAUUGUAAAAUACUGACGCAUUGGAAUAGCUCGUCUCUUCAAAUAUGUCUUUUGGAUCUCGAGCUUCCUGGUAAUGCUUGACUUCCUUCUCAACAUCAUUUGGUUGCCAAUUGGAGCUGCCAGAACUAUCGGCUUCCGCACUGCAGAAGAGGCAUUCAUGACAACCUACAACGGGACUGGUGCACCUGCGGGGUGGAAUUGGUGUCUGUCUUAUCUCGCUACUGCAGGUAUUCUCAUUGGAUUCGAUGCGUCUGGACACGUUGCCGAAGAAACCAAGGAUGCUUCCAUCACAGCGGCCAGAGGUAUCUUCUGGAGUGUGAUCGUAAGUGGAAUUGGAGGAUUUGCGGCGAUCAUUCUGUUUCUUUUCUGCACACCGGAUCCAGAUACAUUGUUCUCCUACGGUUCGCCUCAACCGUUCGUACCUCUUUACGCUGUCGUUCUAGGAAAAGGUGGCCACAUCUUCAUGAACAUCAUCGCUGUAGUCGCACUUUGGUUCAACACUGCAAUUGCCAUCGUCGCCGCAUCUCGACUUGUUUUUGCAGUGGCUCGUGAUGGUGUCCUUCCUUGCUCGGGGUGGGUAUCACGUGUUUCCGCCGAAGGUCAACCUCGUAAUGCCGUUCUCGUUAUCUGGGGUUGCGCUUCGCUUGUGAGUUGCACAAUCUUACCCUCUGCAGUCGCCUUCACAUCCCUCAUUUCUGCUGCUGGUGUUCCAUCAGCCGCAGCAUACGGACUCAUUUCUUUUGGAAGAUUUUUCUUGACACCAAAUUCAUUUUCCAAGCCAAGAUGGAGCUUAGGUAGAUGGAGCAGACCAUUUCAAUUCAUCUCGAUUUUUUGGAACGGUUGGGUUGUAGCCAUUCUUUUCAGUCCUUAUUCAUUUCCUGUCACUGGAGCUACCUUAAAUUGUAAGUACCUUUAAUCAUUCUCAGAUCCACUGGUCGCUUUAUAAUAUACUGACAUAUCGUUAGAUGCGCCAAUAAUCAUGGCAGGAGUCACAAUCUUAGCUGUAAUAUCCUGGUGGUUCACGCCAGCAGGAGCUUGGCUUCCUCGAGAACGCAUAUCACAUUUUGUAGAAAGUGAGGGAGCAACAGCAGAAGGGCUCCAACAAGAAUCCGAUGGACAACUCCAGGUACCUGAGGUAGAAGGGGAUGCAACCCCAGCUACUUAUUCUGAGAAGUGAGAUACUCAAUGACCGCUUUGAAUUUUCUCUAAAGAAUUAAGAUGCUGAUCUGCGCUCUGUGUUAUAAAGUGGAGAACUUUUAGAUAGGACUCCCCGGCAUUAAAAGACUCCUUGAAUAUAUUGGUGCGAGGGUAAAUAAGUUUGAAAGAUGGCACGUAUUGCUGCAUAUAUUUUGGGAUGGUUCUGUACACAUAGAUUAAUAAUACAACGAGCAUUUAAGUGGAGCUUCCGUUAGCGGAUAAUUGAUCUU